CAUGAGGAAGAGACGAAGCUGCUGAUGGGUGAGGUUCAAAGAACCGUGAAGGAAUGAAGAUGAUCCGGAGAGUUUGGCUUUAUCUGAGGAUUAUCGGGAGCUAACAGAUAGAAACAGCAGAACGUCUCAUUCUUACCAAAACCUGGUUCACACAUAGUUGUGGGUAGAAUAGAUUCAGUCUUCAUAUAUGAUUGUUUCAGUGAUAUUCAUAAACAAACAGCUGAAAGUUCAGCUUUAAGCUGAGUGUUUUUGUUUCUGCUGACUGAAUGAAUACGUUGAAGAAUGUGUUCAUUCUUCUAAUGCAUAGAAGAAUGUAUUAAAAACAAACAACAAGAUCACAUGACCUGCCUGGAACAGAACAGGCGUGUCUUCACUUUGACCUUUCAAUGACUUUAACCGGUUUAAUAAAAAUGAAACUAAACAUUUUCUCAGAGCUCAUCAGUAGUUUCUGUAGAGGAGAAGUGUGACAUGGUUGCUGUCUGAGAGGAAGAUGAAGACGUUGGUGACGUUUGGGAUUCUCCUGUACGUGUCCUUAAGGAUCCAGGCUGCAGUGAUAGAGGUGUUUGAGGAGGCGCAGUCUGUCCUGCUGCCCUGCCUUUAUGGGGGAAUAAUGCCUGAAGAUCCCUUCGUUAUCUGGACUCGUAACGAUCACAACUCCAAAGUUUUCCUCUUCCGACAAGAAGGCAGUGAUCCAGAAGGACAGAACCAGAUCUACAGAGGAAGAACAUCGAUGAGUCCUGAUGCUCUGGAAACUGGAAACUACAGCCUCACCUUCAGAAAGCCUCAACUGACUGACAGUGGAAACUACGUCUGCAGCAUCGCUGAUGGAGUAAAGACGCUAAAGCUGACAGAGGUUCAGCUCAAUGUCAAAGUUUUAGCUGCAGUGGAUUAA